AUGACCAAAAUUCUGGAUCAGCAAGUCUGCGAGUCCACUGUGGAAGUUGGAAGCCCGAACUUGACUGCUCAAAAUCUGAUAGACUUGCUUGGGUACAGCAUUCAAGCUCUUCAAGAUGGAGUCAAUGAAACUGUGGUGGUUGUUUGGGUGAACUCACACUUUGAAUCUGAAGUCAGACGUUUAGGGUUGUCAGGAGGGAUUCCAGAUCCUACACGAGAGAGAAUAUUUUGUGCAGACAAAAACAGGUUUGCUCUUGAUAACUUCCUAAGCAGUGUUAAUCCAGAGCAGUUCUGCAACUUUAACAUCACAGAAUAUGCAUGUGCUAAGGCUGAUCUACUGAAGCGGAGUUUAAAUAGUGAUAACUUGACGGAUAUUUUCGACUGCUUUGUUGGCAAGAUGGCUUUGAAUGCCACCGAUGCAACAGCAUUGAUAGUUUUUCUUCAGAAGUUUGAUGGGACCACUCUAAAUAAAGCACUCGAUAAAUUCAAUAGGAAGACCCGAAAUACAGAAGGAAUUCUCAUAGAGACGAAGAUCACUUUUAUAAAUGCUCUGUGGGAGAUUGUGAGGAUCAAUGAAAACUUGACCAAUCCAGUCUUCCUGGCAAAAUGGUUCCAGGAGAGGCUCAGACCAUUCAUUUCAGGCAUUUCCCAGUCAACAUUGAGCCCUGUACUGACGAGAAACCUGUCCUGUGAUGGUUACCAAGCAGUCGUAAAAGGACUGAUUAAAGGAUUCAGAGAAAUGUCACCAGAAAUGCGCAGGAUUGUGCUGAAAGAGUGGAUCGUUAAUUAUCUUAAUACCACAGCAUUUGCACUUGACUGUUAUGAGAACCGAAGCUUUGUUGUCUUCUUGAAGAGCUCAUUUCAAUAUGUCAGUCACUUUGUAACUCUGAUGGAUGUAUACACUCUGAUGCCACCUGAUGUUUUUUCAGAGGUGUUGAAAAUCAUUGAAGACAAUGCAUUGGUUGAAGUUCUAAACAGGCCUGGAUUCAUUGAUAAUUACAGCAUUCUGACAAGCAUCUUAAUCCGUAUUCAACCAGUCCAAAAGUUGGCUGCAGUUAUUCGGCAAUUCUUCAUGGAGAGCCACAAUAGAAAUAUUUCAGCCGCCAUCAUAGAGGGGAUACGGCUUGAGUUUUCCAGAAGUGUGUCUGGAGUUGGUGAUCCUAAGUUGAAUAAAUGGCUAAAUUCCACACUAAUUCCAUCUCUGCCAUUGAUCAGUAGCUUCCUUUUCUCUUCCAGAAAUAGAGAGCGAUUUCCCUGCUAUCCAUUCAAUAAAAUUGUUACAAUACUGAGUUUUUUUAAAGAGCAUCUGAAUUCCAGUGAUCAAGGAGCCAUAUAUGAAAACAUAUUAAAUUAUACCAAAGCAUUCCCACUUAAUUGUUAUGAAAACAACAGCCUUGCUCGUUAUUUGAAGACCUAUUUCCAAAAUUAUUCCAACUUUCUAUCUCUGAAGGAUGCAUAUUCAGUGGUAUCUCCUGAACAUUUAGCUGAGGUGUUACAGAAUACCAGUCCCAAAGAAUUGGCUGAUCUGCUGAGAAUGCCUAGAUUCAUCGACGACUAUAAGAUUUUGAUUAGGCUUUUAAUCAAUAUCCGAUCCAGGAAAAAUCUGAACUUGCUUCUAGUUGAAUUCAUCACCAAAACUCAAGAUGAAAAGCUUUUAGCUGCUGUCGUUGAGGGGUUACAGCUUGAGUUUCAGAAAAGCAUUUCUGGAGUCAGUGAUACAGAUGUAGAUGAAUGGCUUAAUGCCACGCUAAUUCCAGUCCUGCCGCUCGUCAGCACCACCCUCUUCAACUCUAAUAAUAGCCAAAGACUUCAAUGCUUUUUGCUUGAAAAAAUUGUUUCAGUACUGAGCUUGUUCAAACAGCUGCAAAAUCUCUACGAUCAGAAAGCCAUAUAUAAAAACCUACUGGCUUAUGCAAAAGUAUUUCCUUAUCAAUGCCAUGAAAAUAGCAGUUUUAUCCUCUACCUGAAGAACUAUUUCCAAAGCUACUUCCAUUUUCUAACUCUGAAGGACGCAGUUUCGCUGUUUCCUCCUGAUCGUGAAACUGAGGUGCUAAAUAAUAUUGAUGUAAAUGAAUUGGUCAAUCUGCUGAGUACACCUGGAUUUGUUAAAGAUGACUAUCUUUUAACAAAGUUGGUGCUAAAAGUCAAACCCAUCCAGAAUCUAACUCCGUUUUUAGAUGCUUUCGCCAAUGCAACCCAGAACGCAAAUCUUUUAAAUGCUGUGAUGGAGGGUGUGUGGCUUUCGUUUACUGAAAGCUUCCCUGACCUUACUGAUACAGAAGUGGAUGAGUGGCUUAAUGUCAGACUAUUCCCGUAUAUGCCAUUUCUCACCACACCUGUUUUGGUUUCCAACAGCACGCUACGAGUCCCAUGUCUUCGCUACAGAAAAAUUAUAAAUGCACUGAAUGUUCAGUUUCCAAAGUUAAACUCAGAAAAAUGGACAGAAAUCUACAAUGGAAUCAAAGCUUACUUGCUACAAGAACCCAAACCAAAGUGCUACAAUGCACGUGAUCCAGUCCUGAACUCCACUGCGUGGUUCUCUCAAUAUCUGGGACUGUAUCUGAGUCAAACUUCACUCUCUGACCUUCAAUCCUUCUCUGAUAAUGAAACAUUGCUUCAAGUCUUCGCAGCAAACGCAAAAAACCUGGAACUUGUAGAACAUUUGACGUUAUCAGAUGAAGUAUCAACAGCCUAUAUUAACUUACUGGUUAAGAACAAUCCAAAUUUUAAUGCUUCAAGUCUGCCAAACUCCCUUCUGUGCUUCAUUACCAAAACUAAUCUGCUUCAGAAAUUGACUGCACAGCAAACAUUGUCUUUAAUCGGAAGGAUAAACAAAGUCUGCGGACUUAACCUAACUUCCAACACGUCUACCGAUGGUACAGUACCUCCCAAAGAGCCAACAGAUGAGCAGUUGAAGUUGGCAGUUGUUCUAGUGGGCAAAAUCGACAACUUUUCAGUCAGCACUUUGAACACCUUGGGGCAAACUGCUGUUGGACUGUCAUUGUCACAGGUUGACAAUAUUGAUGGGAACACUCUGGAGCAAGCCCUGCCAAGUCUGGGCAACGUCAGAGGCUGGAACAUUGGCCAGACUAGUUCAAUAGUGAACAAGUUACUAACGAGUGGCUUCAAGGUCAAUAACUCAAGUCGUCUGCUGGGUCUGGGAAGCCUGGUGUCUGGAAUUCCCAGUGGUGUGUUCCGACGUAUAAAUCCUCAGAUAUUCAUCAGUGUUAUCUCAAAUGAGAGAUUUGUUGAGAAUAUCGGCAGAGCACCACAACCCAUACGGCAGAUCUGUGUUCUGCAGGUGCUGAGGAAUGUGGAGAAUCCAGUGACAACAGUGAAGGCAAUUCCAUCAGUUCUUGCCGCAGAGGUUCCACCUGUCCUGUUAAAUUCCAACCUAAGCCUCGGUGAUGUUAACAAUAAAGAGUGGACUCCCAGUCAGUCCGCUGUGUUCUUUGAAAGGCUGGUCAGAUACAACAACAAUUUUGAGAUAUUUUCAGUGGCUGUCCUGCGAGGUUUCAGUUGUGGAGCAACAAAAGCCCUGGAUUUUCAGACAUUUUUGAAGCUUGUUCAAGCAAUGAAGGUUAAAGGGAUUAUGCUUGAUGAAAGUCAGCUUGAGUGCAUUUCUGGCAGACUCGCUUCUGAAAGUAUGGAAGUGCCCUUGGACGCCUUGCCUGGGGAUGUUCUGCUGUUCAAUUAUCAAUACUUCAGGGCUUCAUACGAUUGCCGGGAUUUCUACAAACUAGUUGGGAAAUCAAAUGUCAACAUCUUAAGAAAAGUAUCAGCGAGAGAGCGAAAUAUUCUGAAUGAUGCCAGAAUGUGUUUGGGAAUUAUGAACAGGAACCUGACCAAGGAAGACUUGACAAUACUGGGUGGAUUGGUCUGUGACAUUGAUGGAUCUGUUAUCAGGGCAUCUGAUCUUUCGGUUCUGGAUGCCUUAAAGAAUUGUGUCUCCUUUAGAGAUGAUCAGAAAGAGGCGAUUGAAAUCCUCCUGAGAAGUGGAAAGAGCAGAUAUGGUUUACCUUCAUCAUGGUCGUCAUCUACAAUACAAGAGCUUGGAAAUCUUCCUUUGGCAUUGACCGCAACAUGGAGUCAAAUAAACAGGCCGACCCUUAAACAAGCUCUGCCAAGAUUUCUCAAGAAAAUAAAAAGAUUCAGAUCACCUGGAGAUGUGCUGAUAUUUAUUGCUCAGCUCAAACUACAAAGAAGCUCAAACAAUACUAGUGUCUGCACAGAGGGAGUAAUAGCACCAGAAGACAUUGAUGACUUCAUACCUGCAGUCUAUGAUGCUGCCCAGUUGGACAUUUGCUUGAGUGACCAUGUGCUGAGAGAUGGUGUUCUCCAAAUAGGAUCUCUUGCCUUUGACCCAACUCAGCUGAAAGUUCUGAAAAAGAAACUCCUGCAGAUUUAUCCCAAUGGUCUUCCAGAAAGCCAGAUUCAACUGCUGGGUAACAUCUCCACUGUAUUUAACGCAACAGAAGUCCACAGUUGGAAUAUCACUCGAGUGGAAACUAUUUCUGCAUUACUGGCACACAAGCUGGAAAACACAAUGGUUAAAGCCAUCAUUGGAAGAUACCUGCAGUUAGAUGGUAGUCUUAAUGUAGUUUCUUUGAAAGCUAUUGGUGGAAACAACUUGUGCACUUUGGAUGAAGAACAGCUGAUGAAGAUUUCAAACCUGACGGAUGCAGGCGCUCUGGAUUUCACUGCGUGUUCUCAGCCCCUUAAGAACAUUCUUUACAAUCAGGCCGUCCUUGAACUGAAUGCUCAGCAACAAAACCCAAUCGCAUACUAUCAGCUGAUAAAGGUGUAUCUGGGUGAGUAACAUGAGAGUUCCCUUUCACUCAGUCUGGUCGCCAACUCUGAUGUCAAUGUAUACUUGUUGGAAUCCUUGAACUGAUGUUCUGAAGGAACUCAGAAUGUUCCCGGGUCUGAAUGUCCUGGAGUGAGUAUGUUGUCACUGCAGGGACACAAUCCAGCUCCCUCUGUUGAUGAGUUUGUUUUCAUCGUUGGUGACUGCAGAGGUUGCUAAUGCAUUUGCCCAACUGAAAAUAUGAGUGGUACUCAAGCCCUUGACCAGAGAAUCCUGCAGCAAUUAGCUGAGUUCUUGAAUAUCUUUGAGAUUCUGAAAUCUCAACUAUGCAUUUCCCCCCAAGUGGGAAAUCAGAAGACAACAGAGUGGAGAACCAAAUGGAAGUCCUGGAGCAGCCCACAAAAUUUGCUGCAAAUUACUCCAACGUAGUGAAUCCUGUAUAAUCUGUCGCACUGCAGCACUUAUUUCUAA